AUGUCAAAAAAGCGGCUUGCAGCCACUGAGAAUGCCUCUUUGCCAGGGUUCAUCCUCGCAGGCCUGACAGACCAGCCAGAACUCCAAAUGCCCCUCUUCUUCCUGUUUCUAGGUUUCUAUAUGGUCACUGUGGUGGGGAACCUGGGCUUGAUCACCUUGAUAGGGCUGAACUCUCACUUGCACACCCCUAUGUAUUUUUUCCUCUUCAAUUUGUCUCUCAUAGAUUUCUGCUAUUCCACUGUUAUCACCCCCAAAAUGCUGGUGAGUUUUGUGUCAAAGAAAAAUAUCAUCUCUUACCCUGGCUGUAUGACUCAGCUCUUCUUCUUCCUUUUCUUUGUUGUCUCUGAGUCCUUCAUCCUGUCAGCAAUGGCAUAUGACAGGUAUGUCGCUAUCUGUAAUCCUUUGAUGUACACCGUGACCAUGUCUCCCCAGGUGUGUUCACUCCUUUUGCUAGGUGUAUAUGUGAUGGGAUUUGCUGGUGCCAUGGCCCACACGGCAUUCAUGGUGAGACUGACCUUCUGUGCUAACAAGCUUGUCAACCACUACAUGUGUGAUAUCCUUCCACUUCUGGAACGAUCUUGCAGCAGUGCCUAUGUGAACGAGCUAGUCGUCUUCAUUGUUGUGGGCAUUGACAUAGGGGUGCCCACGGUCACCAUCUUUAUUUCUUAUGCCCUCAUCCUUUCCAGUAUUUUCCGAAUCAACUCCACAGAGGGCAGGUCUAAAGCCUUCAGCACCUGUAGCUCCCACAUAAUUGCAGUUUCUCUUUUUUUUGGGUCAGGGGCAUUCAUGUAUCUCAAACCUUCUUCCCUUUUGCCUAUGAAUCAGGGGAAAGUGUCCUCCUUGUUUUACACCAUUGUGGUACCCAUGCUCAACCCACUAAUCUAUAGCUUAAGGAAUAAGGAUGUCAAAGUUGCUCUGAAAAAAACGCUGAACAAAAGUUCAUUUUCCUAA